CGUUUCUUCGCCGGUUUCAUCAACCUUGAUGGAGUUACACGUGAAAACCUUUGCCCUAAACUGAGCUGUUUAUCAUCAUCACAACAGAUCAGUCAUGGCCAAGUAUCUGGCUCAGAUCAUUGUGAUGGGGGCUCAGGUGGUCGGACGAGCUUUUGCAAGAGCUUUACGUCAAGAAUUUGCAGCCAGUCAAGCGGCUGCUGAGGCUCGGGGUGGAGCGGGCAGACAGUCUGCGGCUGCGUCUAGUUUCACAGGAAUGACUUUACAAGAAGCCCAACAGAUACUGAACAUCUCCACACUAACACCAGAGGAGAUCCAGAAGAAUUACGAGCAUUUAUUUAAAGUCAAUGACAAAGCGGUUGGCGGUUCAUUCUAUCUUCAAUCAAAGGUGGUACGGGCUAAAGAGCGUCUGGAUGAAGAACUCUCCAUUCAACAGCAGCACCAAAGCAAACCACCAGACCAGCAGCAGCAGACAUGAGCUCCAUCCUCACACGUCUCCACUGUAAUUAUGACCCAGACCCACAAUAAAACUCCAUCUUUUUGUACAUUGAAA